AUGGCGAGCUCCGGCGAGGAACGGGGCGUGGUGGUGGACAUCCGCUCCGCGGCGGAGUCGGCGGGCGACGACGGCGCGCGCGACGCGCCGCUCCACGUCGUCGAGUCCCUCUGCAUGCGCUGCGGCGAGAACGGCACGACGAGGAUACUGCUGACUCUGAUCCCGCACUUCCGGGAGGUUGUUCUGAUGGCUUUCGAGUGCCCGCAUUGCAGCGAAAGGAACAACGAGAUUCAGUUUGCAGGGCAGCUCCAGCCCAAGGGAUGCUGCUACACCUUGAAAGUCCCCAAGGGGCAGCCUGAGGCAGUUAAACUUGUCAGCCAGUAUCUCUCGGUUGGACCAAAAAUCUUUCCAAAGCAAGAUAGAAGCUCCAUCACUUGGGAUUUAAUACUGAACCGCCAAGUUGUGAAAUCUGAUUCAGCAACUAUUAAGAUUCCAGAACUAGACUUUGAGAUCCCUCCAGAAGCUCAACGUGGAACACUUUCAACAGUGGAAGGGAGCAUUAUGCGAGCUGUUAGUGAGUUGCAAGCACUUCAGGAUGAAAGAAAGAAAGUGGAUCCUCAAAAGGCUGAAGCUAUUGAACAGUUCUUAGUAAAAUUGAGAUCUCUUGGAUCAGGGGAAGCUGCUUUUACCUUUAUUCUUGAUGAUGCUUCUGGUAACAGCUUCAUCGAGAACCCGAAUGCACCUUCAUCAGAUCCUUUGUUAUCUUUGAGAUUCUAUGAGAGGACAUAUGAACAACAAGCAGCACUCGGUUUUCUUGCUGAACCAACCAAAGAAUCUGGAGACUCUUCUCAGGAUGCUUCAACAGUGGAAGGAAACUCUGGUGGGCCGCAAAGGAUUCCACAUGGUUCAGUUGGAGCUGUUGCAGGUCGCCGUGCUAUAGCUCAGGGAAACUCUGAUGAAAUUACUGCAGCACUGUGUAGAUAUUCAGCACCAGAAGAGUUGAAGCCUGGUGGUGAAAUCCCAGCUAAAGGAAAGAAAACAACACUGAUUGUGCGAAAUGUAAAAGAUCUUAGUCGUGAUGUCAUAAAGUCAGAUUCAGCAGCAGUUAGUGUACCUGAACUUGAGUUGGAGCUGUCAAGCGGAACACUGGGUGGCAUUGUGACAACAGUUGAAGGUUUAAUUGUGAAAAUAUGCGAGGGUAUGUUCGCCACUUAUAUGCUCAUGCCUCCUCUGUUUAUGGGACCAAAAUUGACUGCAAGAACCAUGCUAGUUCUAGUCAAAGCACUGGAGCGAGUUCAUGGAUUCCAGUUGGGUGACAGCACAUAUGAAUGGAAGAAGAAGAAAUGGGAUGGUUUCACAGAGAGAUUAGCAAAGCUUCUAAAUCUAGAAGAGCCAUGGACUUUAAUUCUUGAUGAUGCAUUGGCAGCUUCGUUUAUUGCUCCAGCGACAGAUUCGCUAGAAGAUGACAAACAGCUAACAAUUGAGGAGUAUGAGAGGAGCUGGGAGCAAAACGAGGAGCUGGGCUUGAAUGACAUGGACACGUCCUCUGCGGAUAUGGCUUACAACACGACGAGCACGUCAUAA